AUGUACGGGGUCCUUCCGGACCAAUACUGGCUGCACUUAAAGAAGCUGGUGGAGGCCAUCCAUGCACUUUUGAGGGACACUGUAACUCCAGCAUCCAUUGAUGUUGCUGAGAAACUCCUCCGGACCUUUGUGGGCAUGACUGGGAGGCUGUAUGGAGCUGCAGCAAUGACAUUCAACCUGCACCAGUUACUCCAUCUAGCGGAAGCGGUGCGGCAACUGGGGCCACUGUGGGGCCAUUCUGCUUUUGAAUUUGAAAGCGGUAACGGGCAGCUCGUGAAGCUGGUGAAAGGAUCAAAUGCUGUUCCGUGCCAGAUUGUAGAAAGGGUUGUGAUGUCGCAGCAGUUGGAUCAAACGUUGGCGUCUUCGCUUCUAAGUGACAGUGUCAAAGUGAUGUGCUGUGACAUUCUGGGAUACCCUAAGCUCCAAAACUUCAAAUAUGCAAACGAUGUGUGCCUGCUGGGUUACUCUUCGAAGGCAUCAUUGAGCAAUGAGGAACAGAGUUGUCUUCCCGCUGGGUCUGGGGCCUCCUUUGAUCAGGCUGCAGAGUACAAACGCUUCGCAUGGAAAGGGCAGAUUUUUCACAGCCGAAACUAUGCCAGGAGUAAAAAGACAGACUCCUCUGUCUUUCAAACAAAGGAUAUGUGCUAUUUCGCCAUUUUGAGGGUUUUGUCUUUGAAAGGUGAGGUAACGCUUCUGUGCAGGGAAGUUAUCAUCACUUGUGCAGGUCCCUUCCCACAGCACAUCAAGCCUUGUUUUCUUUCUCAUGUGAACUUGCAGGCUGUUAAACCACAGCAGCUGAAGGCACCAUGCCUUUUUCUCACUUUCAGGCAGCCCUCAGUAAGCUAUGUCUGUGAUCUGCCAAACCUUCUUGAGCGCGAUUGAUGCAAUGUACCGGGGGUGCCGAAGUAAAGUAACUAUUCCCUAGGAGUUGAAAUAUCCAAAACUACAUCCUGUUAUAAUUUAUCCCUGUUUUUUGGUCGUUUCAACAAGGGAAAUCUAUAGAGAUUGGAUCUUUCACAUCUUCAGACUUCUUGUUUUGCUCCUAAUGUGUUGCUGCAAGUAACUCUACGUUCAUAAGUGGUUUUCUUUGUUUACAUUGUGUUAUACUUUGUGUGCUUCAUUUGCUCUUCUGAGUCUAGUCGGGCUAAUUUGAUUAUCGACCUGUGGAAGAUGGCCAUUGUUUGAGUAAUAAUCUCAAUGUCUCAGCCUGCUAAUGUGUCUUUCCCUAACCUUUUUGACAGAAACGUGUGAAGCUUGUAUGGGUAGCAGUAGGGUAGGCUUGUUUUAACUGCAAGCAGGCAUAUAAGAAAAUAACUUUUUUGUUAUUAUGUAACUUGAAAAAUCUGAGAUGGACUUAGACCUUUCGUUAUUCUGUCCACAUUGCAUCAUAAUUGAAUAGCUUCAACAACCUUCUGUAUCUGUGGACCGCAAAGUGGGCUUUUGUUGGUAUCAUUUCACAUCAUGAUUUGAUUGAUUUUGUUUUCAUACUUCUGUGUUAAUUUUGUCUAGUUAAUUGUUUUAGUAACUAUAGGUUAUGUAUGAGGGUUAUAAGUUCCUGGCUCUCUUCAUUACUGUACUGUUAUUUAAUGAUUUGUCUUUCAUUUAAUGAUUUGUCUUGUAACACCUACAAGUACUUGUAAAACUCUUGUUCUAGCACAAAUAAAACUGAUCAGCAAGGUAGU